AUGGGGCUGGGGCGGGAGCAGGCGAGCCCCGCGCCGCCGCGGCCUGCGAUCCGCCCGCCGCGCACAAAGCCGCCGCUACCGCCGCCGCUGCCUCCUUUCCGCCCUCCCAGGAGCGGCGAGUGGGGGCGAUGCCCCCGCUGCGCGGGUGGGCGGCUCGCCGGGCUGCUGCAGCCCCCCUUCCCCCCGGGGCAUGGGCCGGGGCGGCCGCCGCGGGCACGGGCGCUGCCGCUAGCGGCGCGGCGCGCAGGGCUGGGCGGGCGCCUCCCGCUGCCGAGCCCGCGCCGCCGCCAUCACGAGCCGCUCUGGGGGCAGCUCCAGCCGCAGCGCGCUCGCAGCCGGCGGCGCCGGGAGAAAGGGGCUGAGUCUGGCCCGGCGCGGGAGCCCCGCCGCCCGGCCGGCCCCGCGCUGCCCUCCGCCCCCGCGCCGGGCACCGCGCAGCCCGACCCGGCCCGGCCCGGCCCGGCGCGCGCGGGGCCGCUCGGCGCCGUGGGGCCGCUCCGCGCCGCGGCGCCCCCCAGGAGGUGUCCCGCGGUGGGGCUGUGCGUGUGUGGGGCGGGGUGCGGGCUCCGGACCCCGGCCCAGCGCGGGGAGAAGCCCCCGGGCGGCGCGGUGGCCUCCGGCUCAGGCAAGGGGCGAGAGCCCGGCGGGUGA